AUGAUUCAAAUCAAUCUCGAUUGUUCCCCCAAAGGGACGCAUCCGAUCCCCAAUCCGGCGCAACCGGCAUCCCGCCAAUACCACCAUCAGAUAGUGGAAAUUCUCCCCUACCUGAUAGCGGCACCAGCAAGCGCAGUUCAGGAGAACUUCUGGGAAGUUCAGGAGAACUUCUGGGAAGUUCAGGAGAACUUCUGGGAAGUUCAGGAGAACUUCUGGAAUGUUCAGGAGAACUUCUGGAAUGUUCAGGAGAACUUCUGGAAUGUUCAGGAGAACUUCUGGAAUGUUCAGAAGAACUUCUGGAAUGUUCAGGAGAACUUAUGGAAUGUUCAGGAGAACUUCUGGAAUGUUCAGGAGAACUUCUUGAAUGUUCAGGAGAACUUCUGGAAUGUUCAAGAGAACUUCUGGAAUGUUCAGAAGAACUUCUGGAAUGUUCAGGAGAACUUCUGGAAUGUUCAGGAGAACUUCUGGAAUGUUCAGGAGAACUUCUGGAAUGUUCAGAAGAACUUCUGGAAUGUUCAGGAGAACUUCUGGAAUGUUCAGGAGAACUUCUGGAAUGUUCAGGAGAACUUCUGGAAUGUUCAGAAGAACUUCUGGAAUGUUCAGGAGAACUUCUGGAAUGUUCAGGAGAACUUCUGGAAUGUUCAGGAGAACUUCUGGAAUGUUCAGGAGAACUUCUGGAAUGUUCAGGAGAACUUCUGGAAUGUUCAGGAGAACUUCUGGAAUGUUCAGGAGAACUUCUGGGAAAUUCAGGAGAACUUCUGGAAUGUUCAGGAGAACUUCUGGGAAGUCCAGGAGAAUUUCUGGGAAGUUUAG